AUGACGGUGCGGAGAGGAAAGAAGCUCAGCAUCUCCAUCCAGGAACACAUGGCCAUUGACGUCUGCCCCGGCCCCAUCAGACCCAUCCGACAGAUCUCUGCCUACUUCCCCCGCCUGUCCCCCACCUCCCCCAUCCCCGUCUCCCCCACCCCCGCCGUCUCCCCGUUGUCCCUCAGCCCCGGCUCCGUGGCAUCCGGCGUGGGCGGGACUCGCCUGCUGUCGCCUCUGCUGCCCCACGGCCGGGCGGGCGGGGGCGGGUCGCUGUCGCUGACCAGCAGCGUGGACACGUCGGUGGAGAUCAACAGCUCGGACAGUGACGACUGCACUGCUCUGGGAACGCUGGAGUUUGAGUUGAGAUAUGAGCGGAGCUCCAGUGAGCUGCACUGCACUGUGCUCAGGGCAAAGGGUCUGAAGCCCAUGGACUUCAACGGUUUAGCCGACCCAUAUGUCAAACUGCACCUGCUGCCUGGAGCCUGUAAGGCCAAUAAGCUGAAAACGAAGACGAUUCGUAACUCUCUGAAUCCAGUGUGGAAUGAAACGCUCACUUACAUCGGGAUCACAGAGGAAGACAUGCACAGGAGGACGCUCAGGCUGAGUGUGUGUGACGAGGACAAGUUGACUCAUAAUGAGUUAAUCGGCGAGUCCAAAGUGCCUCUGAAACGUGUGAAACCCGACCAGACGAAACAUUUCCACACCUGCCUGGAGCAUCGGCUGCCGCUGCCGUCUCCUACAGCCAUGGGUGAAGCUCUACGAGGAAUCUCCUGCUACUUGAGAGAGUGGGAGAACGAGCAGCUCCACAGCCUGGAGGAGAGAGGCCGUCUUCUUCUGUCCCUGCAGGUCCUGCCUCCGCUCAGUUUGGAGGAUAAAGACACAGAGGGAGGAGGAGGAGGAGGAGGCAGCGAAGGCCGUCGCAGUGGGGGUCUCUGUGUGGGCGUGAAGCGCUGCGCUCACCUGGCAGCCAUGGACGUCAACGGGUUCUCUGACCCCUAUGUCAAAAUAUACCUGAAACCCGACAUACAGAAGAAAUCCAAACACAAAACAACAGUGAUGAAAAAGACCCUCAACCCCGAAUUCAACGAGGAGUUUUUCUAUGAGAUCCCCCUGUCGGAGCUGGCUAACAAGACACUGGAGGUGACGGUGUGGGACUAUGACCUGGGACGCUCCAAUGAUUUCAUAGGUGGCGUUUCUCUGAGCUGUCACUCACAGGGCGACGCCCUCCGUCACUGGAUGGACUGUCUGAAGAAUAAGGGCCGCAGGGUGGAGCGGUGGCACAUCCUGACCAACGAGCUGCCACGGACCCUCAGUCACGACUAAAAGCCAAGCAGCCGCCUCCACACAUGCAGACAGUCGCUGUCAGGGAUCACAUGGUUCACAGAGGUCCUCCGCUCACUCUGUGGGACGGACUCGAGUAACUUCACCGCAGGAAUCAGCAGGAAGUGAGAGGAAAAGUGUAUAAUAAUAACAAUGACAGCCAGAGCAGAGUGCCUUCAUUUCUGAUCAGAAGAGAAGAAGCUUCAACACUGUCACACCUGCACUCAGCAUCAACAUCAUAGUGUUAACAGGUUUAUGAGAGGAGGAACUCACAGGAAUUAAACAGAAACCAAAACUGUAGAUUUCACUGGAUUUAUAGUACCGCUAAAAUUAAAUUGCAUGUGAAAUUGCAAAUUCAGGGAAGCGGGUGUGUGCUGCUCUCGCAAGUGAAGUAAUUAACCAGAUGUGCAUUUGCUAAAUGAAUCUCUGAAGGUGUUUUCAGACAGAAAGGAAAGUGAAACAUCAUAACACCAUUCGCUGGCCUGUUUUUAUGUGCCCCAGAGAGCCAAAAUAUCAACUGUACAACAUUAAAAACAUGGCAAUGAGUCGCACCGCUGCACUGGGCGACAUGUUCCUUCAUUAUGAAGAAUUUGGCCACGUUAUUUUGUUUGGAAACGGCUCCAAAGACCAAUAACUACAUUCACGUUUUCAGUCCCUGGAGAGUAGUUCUGCGGACGCCACUGAACAUGUGGUUUACUUUGAGAAAUGUACAAUGAAGAACAAAGUCAAGAGUUUGUGAUAUGUAGCACAACAAGCUAGUGAAGCUGUAAACAGAACCGCGUUCCCGUGCUUAGUGGUGCCUGCCUUACACAGAACUACUCUUCAGAGACUUUUGGAGCCGUUUCUAAAC